UGCAGUUGCUCUCGUUAUUGUGCGGAUACGCAUAUCUGUUUAUUGUUGCCGCGGCGAUAAUGAUGUGUUGACAUUUUCGUUGACAUUCUGAACUAGCCCCUUGUUAUUGUUGUGGUUGACUGUAUUCAGACAUCUGAUUUUAUUGUGACCUCCUACUCUCUGCCUAGGAGCUUGGUCAAGUAGGGUACCUUUUGGGGGUGAUAUAAAAACCUCCCACACUCUCCCAACUCCGUACUUUUCUUCCGUCACCUCACACUUUUCCCGCACCACUCACUCACCCAACAACCCACGGGAUCUCCUAACCAUCAAGAGAAGAAACUAUUUUCUUUUCUUUCCUUCUCCCCAUCCCAACCCAACUUCUCACUGCCGCUAGUACUCUCCCUAUCAGAUCCAAAAAGGUCCAACAAAAUUCAUCUGCUCCGGCCGCCUCCCCUGAGCUGACCUCUUCCCUGGCUACAGGCAAGCUAGGAUGAAGCGAUUCAAGGCCUUUGCAAGGGGCCGCUCGGCCGCCUCGAAGACGAAGGAGAGACGUGACACCGAUUCUGAGUCUGAACAGCACUAUCCGCGGGGAUCGAAAGUGAAGAAGGGCGGAAAGGGAGGACAUAAGGAGAACGCGGCUCGCUUGAACAGGAGACUGGAGCGACGUGAGAGGCUUGCUGCUCGGCAGACGGGCAGAUACGAUGAUCCACCAGUUCCGUUCAUCACUUCCCGAACUGGAGGACUUGUCCAGUCUCGGCACCACAAAGUUCGGGAGGAGUUCGAAAACGUCGAUGGAGGUGACGAUGUCAAUACCAAUAUCAUCCAGCAUCGGUGCUUUAGCUGUGGCAACGCCCGCUCCGUGGGAUUUCACUUGGCCCACCCUAUCCAAAUUGGCGACCCGGAGGUUGUCAACUGCUGCCGGCAGUGCCGUCAUCGCAGACAGGUUGUCGCGCGCUCUUCUUGCCCUGUCCACCAUCAGGGGUCUCCCGGCGAAGAGAAGUAUCGCCAGCACUUCUGCGCUGGCUGUGGCAUCGUCCGAUCUGCAUCGUAUCAUGAUGCCCACUCCAUCCAAAAGGGGAAGACCCCGGAACCGAGCUACUGUGGAGAAUGUCGAAAGAGUUUCGAAGAUGAGAAACAGAAAGUCUUCAAGCUGUACAUGGCAGCCAACUACUCACCCAGUCCUAGUGAUCGGGAGGAUACUGGCAGAUACGAGAAUUCGAACCCCUAUCGUCGGUUCGCAUCCUUGGGCGAGAUUAAAGCCAACGCUAAUCUAGCCCACGGCCUGUCGGCGUGCAAGAAACUGCCUCGCGAGAGACCUGCUGCCCACCCGGCCUCUUCCGGCUAUCGUCGAUCCAUCUCUGACCUCUCGAGUGGCUCCUCCGAGGACCCUCAGUCACCUGCCAAGAGACCAGCGACUGCUUAUCGCAUGAAGGCUACCGCGAGAGGACUCAUCGACUCCGAACCUGAGAGCUCCGACCAUCUCGACGUUGGCGAGCCUGCUUCAUUCACUGCCCAGCAUUUUAAACCGAAGCCUGCGUGCGUGGACCCCGAUAUUGACUCAUCUGGGCCGUCGACGAGCAAAGACGCUUCGUCCUCCAAGUGGAAAGGGAAGGACAAGGAAGUUGACCCCAUGCCCACCCCUCCGACCUCGCCCGAUUUGGACACCCGUGGCGGGUUUGCCGCCGACCCGUCCUCUUCGAGCAGCAACCCAGGGUCUUCUACCCAAGGUAACGUCGGGCGACCCAGCAGCGGCCACACUCAGGGCCAUGGCAACAAAGGCAUUGCCACCGAGAAGACGACCGCUGGCCCCAGGACCCAAAUCGAAGCUACCAAUGUCCCAGCCGGUCUGGCUGGACCGGUCCCGGCUCAUCACUUCUGCGGCUUCCCUGCAUCGGCAGCGGGCUUUACGAACGAUUGUUGCCAAAUUCCGUGCAAUCACCAAGUUCUGUGCCAUCAUCACCACAUCUAUUGUCAUGGCUGUUCACACUCUGCCGAGAUAGCUCCUUCUCGGGCUAGUCGAACUCGUGCAGACUCGAGCAACUCUUCCCGAAGCCGGUCGAGCUCUCAGUCCAAACGAGUCCAGUUUGCGAGCCCCGAGGUUUCCAGUUCUGGCUCUGCAGUUGAGGGCUACGACCGUUCAUCUGUGCCUCCGAAUUUCGAGCCCUACGAUCCCUACGACGAGGAAUCUGAUGACGAGCAGCAGACCCAUGAUGGAUCCUACUUGCGCACUUCCGCCGGACCGUCGAGAAUUCCGGCUAGCUCUACCUUUGAGCGUCGUCCGCCGACUCCAUCGCAAUUUGGCAAUGAUUGGCCAGGUGUCUCGUCCUCCUCAAGCUCCGGCGACCCAUGGGAGGAGUCAUCGUCAUCGGCAAGAUAUGGAUUUUCAGGCAUCCCUCCCGCGUCUACCUUUGAUUCACCACCCCCAGCGGGAAUGUAUGGCUUUUCAGGUAUACCCCCUGCGUCUACCUUUGAUGACUCGCUGCCCUCGGCAUAUGCGUUUUCAACCUUUGAAUCGGACUCGCUUCCGCGCAUGUUGACCCCAGAGGAGAUCGACCUCUUGUUUAAAACCGAAAGCACUCGUCCAUCGGAAUCGAGACGUCAGGUCAGCCGGUCCCAGGACCCAGGCCCCAGUGGCAGCAGCUCCUCUCAUGCCCAACGAGGCAGCAGCUCGAACCCGCGACGCCAGUCGCGCGGGUUCACCGAGGAACAUCAUUCUCCCGCGUCUCAUGACCAUGCAGGCUACACAACUCACAGUUCUAACUACGGUAACCACAAUGACAUCAACAACAUGUACAACAGCAACAGGGAUGAAUUCGGCCAUAGCAACUAUGGAUCUUUUCAGCAGGCCCCGGCGAGCGUUUGGGAUACUGACCCCGAGGAAGCUAGACGUAGGGCCGAAUCCGAGGCCCGCUUGAUGGCCGCCUCUGCGGCCAGCAAUGCAUCCUCGCGUGCCCGACACAGCGAGGAUUCGCGGGCCCCAUAUGGCGGCACCGACAGCUUCAACCCGAGAACCCACAGCGGCUCUUCCGGAUCGGGCUAUCAUAGUACCCCGGGCGUGGACUCGUCCUACUAUGCCGAGUUCGACAACUUCGACGACUUCGGUUCGCCCCCGGCGGCGACCUAUCACCACCACCGCGAGGACGGUCCAGCCCACCAGGUACCUGACCAGACCCAUUACACCCCGAGCUUCGUGCGGGCUCAUCACCCCCGCGGGCCCUUUAUGUGACGAAACUCUGCUCUAACACCAGCGGGCCAGCUCCCGGACCGCGAGAUCUACGAGGUCGACUCCGAUGA